CGACAAAAAAGAAUAACAUUGUUGUUUAUUUUUCUAAAGUCAUUGAUUCAUAAUAAAAUCGAAAUGAACCAAACCAAAACACCAGAAAACCACAGACAUGUAAAAUAUCCAUAUUAGGUGUUAAUGCAAAGAGAACUGACAAACACAUAGUUCAUUAAGACUAUAUCACGCUUCCGGUGCAUCGGCAGAGACAUGUCUUCUGCUAUCAAAUUUAAGAAUCAUCAUUGAGUGUAUUGAAAUCAAAAUGACAAGGAGGAUGUGUGACUCUCAUAUUUUGAUUGAAAAAGAUCUUGCAUGUUGAUUAUUCCUCAAAAUAGGAAUCAACACGCCUUACUAUUACUUGAUGAUUUAAAGCUUUCACCUAUUAUAUAUCCUUUGCAGCAAUAUUUUGCGGAUUUUUAUUUAAGAAAGUGAUGACUAAUAAAAAUAACUUAGCAUAAUGGAUGACAUAUUUAAAGAACGGCAUGCAAAGUUAGGAUGUAUGGUCCUGAAAUUGUUUCCCAAAGUUAUGCAGAUGAUUUUAAAAGAUUACAUCACUCCAAAGGGAUUACAAACCGAUUUUCGAAAAACGAUUUCCGCUUGGUUUUUACAAAAAAUGAAAUCGUUUUACUGGAAAAGCUUCCAAACAUAAAUGAUUUCACUGUUGAAAUCAGUUACAAAAUACUUAGAUUUGAAUUCAAUAUGCUACAUGAACCUAAAUGUAAAUGGGGUAAUGUUCCCCAAGAUACAGACGUUGAAAUCUCCGAUGAUAUACAACGGCUUAUAAAUGCAACAAAUUCAAUAAUUAAGAUCACCUCUACGGAGGUUACUGAGAAUUAUUCCGAAAAUUUAUUGGAAGAAAUCAAAAAGAUGGUCACAAGAAUUGAUUCUUUUUUAAAUCAAGACGAUUUGGGAAGUUUAUAUAACAGCUUAUGUUUAUGCGAAAUAGAUUCCAUUUCCAUCCUUCAAGAUCUGUCACAAGUAAAAGCAAUUGAAGAAUCAUUACCGGAUACUGAGAGUGAUAAGAGAGAAAGGUAUUCUAGGGUCUCUAUGGCCAUCAUCGAGACUUUUCCAAAUAUUCUACGAGGUGUUAUUCAAUCAAUCAUUUCUGCAAGCGAUGUUUAUCAAAGGUGUAUCACAGUUCUGAAUACCUUCUAUGUCGAACAACAGAGAAAUCUAGCAUUACUUCAGCGUGCUAAUUCAUACGAUUCGUUAGAUAUAACACUGAUAUACAGACUGUUAAGACAGUUUUCGCUGAUACCAUCACCAACACAAGGAUGGGGAAGUAAACCAGACGUAAUGGAUUUUACAAUAGGAGACGACGUUGAACGAAUAAGAUUCUACAGGAAUGAACUUGCUCAUCGAAGCGACACAAACAUUGAUAAAACCAUGUUUAAUGAAUAUUUCGAACAAUUUCGUGAUAUUGGUAACAGAAUGGACCUUUACAUCAACAAUAACACGAAUUAUGAACAGCGAAUAAUUUGGCACAAAACUUGUAGGAUGGAUGCAGAAAUGCAGGCCAAAUAUGAAAAUACAAUGAGGAAGAUGGAAAACAUCAAAUUAAGAUAUGAGAAGAAACCAAUAAAGGUGUACUGGGGAGAAAGCUUCGAUAAGUGUUUGAUGAAUCUAAGAUCGUUGUUACAAGACGAAAAGUUAGAAGGAAGACCAGAAAUCCGUGUACAGAUCAUAUUUCAGAAGGAGGAGGAUGUCGGGAACAAUAUUGAAAUCCUUAAUUCACUUAAAGAAGAAAUAAACGAAGGUUUAAGUGGAAUCGAGUUUAUUGUUGCCACAAAAGGAAGUGUUGUUCUGAAUGUAGAUAUACUGCUAGAGAUGUUGGAAACAGAUGAAAAAUUACAAACGAUCCUGAUUUUAUUUCUAGAAAGGAUUUUGGAACGCAUUCCUGCUUUUUCUUCCGAAACAAUUGAUAUACUUGUGUUACCUGUAGAAGAAAACAAGCAAUGGAAUAAACCAAAAACCAUGGAAGAAGACGUUUAUGUAGAAUUUGAUAUUAAGUCCCAGUUAUUUGAAUCUGAUGAUAAAAUGAUAGAGGAAUGGAAUAAACCAAAAACAAUGGGAGAACAAGUGUAUCUAGAAUUUGACAUUGAGGCUCACUUAUUUGAGACCGAUGAAUCAAUGGUAGAGCAAUUUAGAAAAAUAUCUGAUGUCAUCAUCAAGCAUUCAAACGAAGGCGCAACAAAUCAGAACAUAGCUUUAACCAUCCUACCUAUUGAUCUAGAAAAUGUAACAACAAAAGAACAAUCAUCAACCCAUGCUGAAACACUGGAGGGUAAGUAAGAUAGGCG